AUGACCAGGCUCGAUCCGCCUCAAAUUCCACAAUCAAACCACUCUCUCCUUUUCGCUACUUCCAAGGGCGAUAUCAUCCCUGUUGAGAUUAACCGAUACAUUCUCUCAAUUCUCGAGCUCCAAGGACACUACAAAGCAUUAUGUAAAGUCCAGCAACUAUCCAGUACCCUAUAUCAUCUCGCCGCGCCCUAUCUCCAUCGCAACAUACACCUCUCUCCACUCUGCUUCGUCCGGCUCUUCCGACAAUUUAUUCAAGUCAACCCAGCAGAUGGUCGAUUUGUGCUUUCGAGUCAUUAUCAAUCGUCUGAAUAUACAGAACCCAUACCUACAAUCGGUAUCAAUCAAGGUAAAUCAUUAAUCAAGCUGAGUGACGUUAUGCGAUCUCGAUAUCUGCUCACCUUGGUUCGACAUAUCACUAUCAUCUCAAAAGAGGAUCUAUCCCUCGAUACGAUAUACAGCUCUACCCACGUUCGAAGCUUCCUACAAGGUCUCUCGCUAUUACCCAACGUAGAGUCGAUCUGUUUUCGUGGUACAUACAGGAGACCUAUCAGGAUUGAUUUCAGGGGAGAAUUCAUCACGUUAGUCUGUCAACAACCUAAAGAUAUUUGUAUCAAAUGGUUACAUGACGAUUACAACGUACAAGAAAUCAUUGAUUCGCUGAACAAAGAUAGAUUGGAAAGUGUAACGAUUCACGGAGCGAAUAAGGGUUUCUUACCUCCUGCUGGCAGAUGGUCAGUUAGGAUGUCACUUGCCCUACCCGAAAAUCAACUGAGGGAUAGGGUAUUGAAAGUCUGUGCGUAUACAAUUAUCAAAGCUAGCGAAAGCCUUAGAGAUGGGAAAUGUGGUAGGUGGAGGAUAGUCAGUGGAGAUGGGACUAAAGUGGAAACGAGCGAAAUGAUCAAAGAGUCGUUGGAAGAGGUCGGACCGCUGAUUGAUGAGUUACCGAAGGAUGAAUGGUAG